GAUGAAGCAUUGCAUCAUUUUCUGCAGCCCAAAGUCGAAAACCUGUUACAGUAAUAUUCCCAGUUUUCGGAAGUAUAUCAAUCUCACGUUUUUAGCCACAGUUUGUCCUUCAAAUUUCAAAGAGUGUAAUAAGUGUUUCGCAUAAAAGCAUUAAGAUAAUCUUGAUAAAGAAUAGUUUUGAACGCUCGAAAGAAAGCGCUGACUGCUGAGGUGAGGGAUGUGCGAGUGGAUUCGUUCAUCUAAUUGUGUCUAACGGACUAACAUCGACUUCCAUCUUCUCAAACUUUCAAGGUUUUAACGUUAACGAGCUGUUUUGUUAGGAAAUUGUGAAAUGAGUUUGCUGUUGAUCUCCUCUACCUUAAUGUCCUUCCACUGUUAUAUUAAGCCAUUGAUUAAUACGGACUGGUACCGAACUAUUAUUUAAUGAAAAGUUGAAUGUUGAAGUGUUACGACUACAGCCGAGGAACUCCUGGGCUGUAUUUACGACGUUCGCGAUAUACCUUGACCAAAAUAACAAGAUGCCAGUGAAUCCAGAGUUUGUCAGUUUGAGUGUCCGUUUCGCUCUAUGUGUUGCCUUGUCCUACAUGACAUGGAAAGCCAUUCGGGAAAUUAUCGAGCCUAACCGAAAACAGCGACUGGAGGCCGAGAAACGGGCUCGAGAUCUCUUCGUCCGACUGGGACUCUCACCUGAUAUACAUUUAUCUGAGCAUGAAAUGUUCGUGGCGACGAAUCUAGUGGAACCCUCCACUAUAACUGUGGACUGGGAUGACAUCGGUGGUUUGGAAAGUACGAUUGAAGAAUUGCGCCGAACUGUCCUGGCGCCAUUGCGACGACGAGCGGAUUCCCGAGCGUCUUCGCUUAUCCAGCCUCCUAAAGGUGUGAUGCUGUAUGGUCCGCCCGGUUGUGGCAAAACCAUGUUGGCCAAGGCAUUGGCCAAGGAAGCAGAUGCCCGGUUUAUCAAUUUACAAUUGUCGACACUAACUGACAAAUGGUACGGAGAAUCUCAGAAGCUUGCCGCAGCCGUUUUCAGUUUAGCUGAGAAAAUUCAACCAGCUAUAAUUUUUAUUGAUGAAAUCGAUGCCUUUUUGCGAAUUCGGGACCGCGGCGAUCAUGAAGUGACGGCCAUGAUGAAAGCUCAGUUUCUGAGCCUGUGGGAUGGAUUAAUAUCCAGUUCUGACACGAAAAUCGUGGUGCUUGGUGCGACAAAUCGGCCCCAAGAUGUUGAUGAUGCAAUCCGACGGCGUUUGCCUUGCGCAUUCUGUAUUGGAUAUCCGGAUAUUAGCCAAAGAGCACUCAUACUGCAGAAAAUCCUCGCGAAAGAGCAGUUGGCUCUGGAUGUUGAGUUAAAUGUGAUAGCCGCUCAGACGGAAACAUUUUCCGGUGCCGAUUUGCAUGAGCUGUGCCGAAAAGCAGCUGUACGCUGUUUUCAUCGUUCCGAGGAUAUGGAAGAGCAGAAUAACCAAACCCACAGGCAUGCCGGUGGAGAUGGCGACGGCUACGUGAUAAAUAUGGAAGAUUUCCAGGAUGCCUUGUUGCAAAGCGGCAGCGCAUCCCACCUACGCAUCCUCGGCGCUUUGGCCGAUAGAUUAAGCGGCUCCGGAAACAUUGCGUGAAGUUUUGUGUUAAAAAAAUUCGUUGGUUUGGUGUAUCAGUGUUUGCGCUUUUUAGCGUUUUAUCAAUGGAAGUCAUGACUUUUGUGAUAAGUAUGUAGAGUUGUCGUUUUCGUUCCCAGAUUUGUUGAAAGCGUAACCGUCCUUGGGUAUCGUGGUAAGUGAAAUAGCAAAGCGCAGUAAAUCUGGCAUCCGUAAAUCCCACUAUGAAUUUCCAGGAACUUUUGUUAAUUUUCUUUACAAUUUUGGAAGGCGCACCGAUGUCGUACUCAAAAAAGGUAGUGGACACUGGACAGUAAAUUUCGGUAUCUAUGCACAAA